ACAACAUAUGUAAACAUAUUCCUCAAUUAUCAUACUCUCUUAGAAAAUGGAAGUUGUCAGUACUUCAACACUUUCAAACCAAGCUCAACUUUAUGGCCUCAAUCUCAAAACUAGGAUGCAACUCCAAUGCUUGCCUCAAACAUUCGGUAUCAACACCACUAAUAUUACGACGAGUACUAUUUAUUUGCGGAAGACACGAAUCCCCGUCCCCACCGCGAUUUACGUGGAAGCGGAAGCACAGGCUGUGCUGAAACAGCCUGUUGCACAGGCUCACCUCUUAAAAUGUUCGUCCGAGUCUCUUCAGUAUGAAGCAGGGAAAGUUGGCGCAGUGCCGGACCAUCGAGUCACCGAUGGUCCGGUGAGCGCUAUGGAGUACGUAACGAGCAUAUUUUCCGCAAAGGUGUACGAUGUGGCGAUCGAGACGCCGUUAGAGAAGGCGAAUAAGUUGUCACAGAGGCUAGGUGUGCAUUUUUGGCUCAAGCGAGAGACUCUUCAGCCUGUUUUCUCCUUCAAAAUUCGAGGAGCGUAUAAUAUGAUGGCUAAUCUUCCAAAGAAACAGCUGGAGAGAGGUGUUAUAUGCUCGUCAGCUGGAAAUCAUGCUCAAGGAGUUGCACUAUCAGCCAACAGACUAGGAUGCAAUGCUGUUAUAGUCAUGCCUGUUACUACACCCGAAAUUAAGUGGAGAGCAGUUGAGCGAUUGGGUGCAACAGUUGUUCUAGUUGGUGAUUCAUAUGAUGAAGCAGAGGCAUAUGCAAUCAAGACAGGCAAAGAAGAGGGACGCACAUUUGUACCACCUUUCGAUCAUCCUGAUGUGAUUAUUGGCCAAGGAACAGUUGGUAUGGAGAUUGUGCGACAAGUAAAAGGUCCGUUGCAUGCAAUAUUUGUGCCUGUUGGGGGUGGUGGCUUAAUAGCCGGCGUUGCUGCCUUUGUAAAGAGGGUUUUGCCAGAGGUUAAGAUAAUUGGGGUAGAACCACGUGAUGCAAAUGCAAUGGCCUUGUCAUUACAUCAUGGUGAGAGGAUAGUGCUGGACAAAGUGGGAGGCUUUGCAGACGGAGUAGCUGUUAAAGUAGUUGGUGAAGAGACAUUUCGCAUUUGCAGGGAAUUGCUAGACGGUAUAGUACUCGUCAGCCGGGAUGCAAUCUGUGCCUCAAUAAAGGACAUGUUUGAGGAGAACAGGAGCAUUUUAGAACCAGCUGGUGCCCUUGCUCUUGCAGGGGCAGAAGCGUACUGCAAAUAUUAUAACCUCAAGGAUGCAAAUGUAGUAGCCAUAGCCAGUGGGGCUAACAUGAAUUUUGAUAGGUUGGGAUUGGUAACUGAGCUUGCAGACGUUGGUAGGCAACGGGAAGCAGUGCUGGCAACUAUUUUCCCAGAAGAGCUCGGCCGUUUUAAACAAUUUUGUGGUCUUGUAGGACCAAUGAAUAUCACCGAGUUCAGAUAUAGAUAUAAUUCUGCUAAAGAAGAUGCUUUAGUGCUUUACAGAGUUGGAGUUCACACAAAACUGGAACUCGAGUCCAUGUUGGAGAGAAUGGACUCUUCUCAACUGAAAACCAUUACUCUUACAGAUAACGACUUGGUUAAGGAUCAUCUACGACAUCUGAUGGGAGCACGUUCAGGGAUACAGAACGAGCUUCUCUGCCGGUUUGUUUUUCCAGAGAGGCCUGGCGCUUUAAUGAAGUUUCUUGAUGUCUUUAGUCCUUGUUGGAAUAUUACUCUGUUUCAUUACCGCACACAGGGAGAAGCUGGUGCAAAUGUGUUAGUAGGAAUCCAAGUUCCUUCCACGGAAAUGGCUGAGUUUCAUAUUCGAGCCAACAAUCUCGGAUACAGCUACACAGUGGAAAACAGUAACAAUGCAUUCCAGCUUCUAAUGGGUUGAGUGGAAAGAUAGAAGAUCACUAUGGUUAAGUCUCUUUGCCUAGAGAGGCAUCUUUCAUAAUUGACUUAAGAUUCAAUUAGAGCACGUUGGUAAUCAUAGAUAGCUAGACCUUCGCAAGGUCUCUCGGGCCUAUUUAAGUGUAAUGCAUAUGUAGUAACAACUCCCCCCUUCAUAUACAAAUGAAGACUAAAGGGAAGCUCUAUUUAGGUUCUGCAAAUAAUGAUCAGCGAGAUCAGCAUUAUCAGUUUAACUUCAUGGUCUAAGUUUUAAUCCGUAGGAGCUGAAUGCAUGAGCGUACAUAUGUUAGAUCAGGCUGUUGAUGUAUCAUUGUCAUUGGAGAUUGAAGUCUUGAAA